AUGCCAUAUAUGAAAUGUAUACUGACAAAUAUAUUCAUGAAGAGAAUAAUAGGCCAGACUUGUCUACAGCAACCUGGCGGCACACGAGCAUUCGACGCUGCACAGGCAUUCGUGGGUACGACGGGCACAGCGGAACGUAAUUCUACAUGUGAGGGCAAGGAUUUACAGUCGGGUGACAGGAGCAAGAGGGCGGAAGAUUGGACAUUGCUGUAUAUAAUGGAAAGGUGGUUUCAGCGCCAUAAAACGCGGUUAAGGGAUGGGGACGUGGGAGUAUUGGGGAGGGAGUGUAAGGUAAACAUAAGCGGACAGGCGGAAGCGGACAAGCAGAAAGAACUGGAUAAGUUCAAAAAGACAGUGGAAGAUGAAAUGCAGCAGGUUGGGCAGAAUAUGAAAGAGAAUAUAACGAAAAUAUUAAAUGCAGUGAAAGCAUGCACCGAUAUAAAAUGUGUGAAAGGAGUAAUACAGCAGGAAAUGGAGAAAGAAAAGCGAGAGAAGACCGGGGCUUCGCCCCGAGACACUCCAGAAUUCCGAGCAACGACGACCGAUCCGGGAACAGGGGGAGCGGGGAAAUCGGGAUCACCCGGGGGAUCUUCGGCCAAACCUGCUUCACCGGUCGCGCCCGCCCCGGCCAAACCAGUAGCGGCGAAACCGGGACCCGCGGUGACACCGGCAACGGUGACACCGGGAUCGGGGACGACGACGACAUCUGGUGGUGGUGGUGGUCAGGCUGGUAAGGGUGAUGUCGGAGGUACGGGGAAGGGGCAGAACGCCUGGGAGCAAUGUCUGGGGACGAAAAUAUUGGACUGGAAGCCUCGGGAAAUAUACGUGGUGCUCCCUGAUGAUGAUGAGCAAUGGAACAAGGUGAAGGACGUGUUGGAGGAGUUUAUGGAGUACUUGGAGGAACAUAAUCAGCACUUUGACGGAUUCGGCGCCAACUGUAAUAAUGCAGGUUGGAGUGAUUUCGGUGAUGGUAACCUAUAUAAGGAACAAAGAGUAGCGGAUAUGAUGCGAUGCAGGCUAAUGUCAGGAGCAUUGUGGUUUGCAAACAAAGGGGGCACCGAUGAAGCGGUCAACAGGUUACGCUGCGAGGUGGCAAAUGUAUUUGGGCACUUACUGAAAAAAAUGUAUUGUAAGGAUAAGGGAGGCUACAAGAGAGGUACAGAGUAUGCUUGGGAAACAUUCAGGAAUAUGAAGAGCGAGGGAACAGACGGAGCUGGAAAAAUGGAGGGUCCUGUUAUAAAUUCGGUAUGCACGGAAUGUGGGUACGGGGAACAUAAGAGGAAUAUAAAUGCAAUAAAUUUGGCGAUAGCACAAUGGUUACUGAAGGAAGGAAAAAUAAGUUCUGAAAUAGCACAAAUGGAAAAGGCAAUGCCCUGUGAGACGUAUUGGAAGGAUUAUAUUAAGCCGGUGGCAACACCAGGGCAGCCUAUCAAAGACAGUGUCAGCGACCAAGGGAAGGAGAAGAUAAAGGAAGCACAGGAGAAGAUGACAGCAGAAGUCACCAAGAUAAUUGAGAAAGUGCAGAAAGCAGCGGACGAAAUAAAGGAAGUAGCAAAGAAGAUAAUUGACGACGCGAAGAAGAAAGAACAGCAAGAUGUUCCAGAAGUAAAGAAUGCGGAUGCAUCAGACAAGAACAAGGGCAAGGAUGUGAAGAAUGCUGAUACCAAGGACCACACGGACACGGACAAGAAGACGCAGGACGCAUCUUCCUCGAAACUUCCAAAGCAGGACGACAAAACGCAGGAGGGACAGACCACAGUGUCAUCAUCAACAGAUUCAUCACAGCUCGGCAGGACAGAUGCCACGGCGGGAGGCGAGCACGGAGUAGGGACACAUGGGACGUCGACAGACACGAAGGCUACGGAUUCGGAUGCAAAGUCCCCAGGUAAGCCGACAUGUCCCGCCAGCACCGGCACGUCUGCAGGUGUCUCCAUUAGUUGUGAGACUACCUCGGAUGAGGUAUUAGGCAUGACACCAGAAGUCACAAAACUCCUGGAGCAGGACGAGAAGGAGCGGGCAAAGGCACCCAUUAGUCCUAACCCAAGUUCAGAGACAGGUAGUACAACGGCAGUUGACCCGGGAGAUAAGAACACGCAAUCGGAGGCUCCAAGCCAAAGUCCUAAGCAUGUUGACAGUAGUACAAAAGAAGGUGCACAAGAUGACAAAGAUUCUACAACGGGGGAAACGACAGUAGCAAAAACUGCCGAAGCAGUAGGACCACAGGGUCCCUCUGGUCCAGCAGGUAAACAUGGUGAAGCGGGCACUACCCGUCAAGGUAGCGCCGUCGUGGAUGGCGGCAACGAUGACCCCCCUGCACCGUUGAACCCUCCAUGUACCUGGAAGCUAGAUAUUGACGACGAUCUCUGGAAUUCUGUUACUACUGGUUCCUCUACCUCUGGCCCAAAUGAAGUUCAUUGUACUAGCUCAGAGAACUCUACACAAGAGCGAUCAUGUGAUCUGAAACUAUCACCAGGACUUAUACCCGGAUUAGACAAUGUCGCAGGAGGAAUGGUACCCCCGCACCCAGAACAUAAAGCAUCCCCCCCAUCAACUGUAAAUUUAGGUCAGGGGGGCCGGGGUCCCGCUGGACCCGACCUAACGAACGCCGUCUUUACCGCCACUACUCCCGUACUGUUCUUCCUGUCCGCCCUCACCGUCGCCCUUCUUGGUUAUUCCCUUUGGAAAUAUUUUGCGUACCUCGGAACAAAACGACGACGAACGUUUCGAACCGUUCGUGACGUGCGGUCACCGCCACUCGACGAAGACAUAUUGCAGCAUCUACAACGCGGCGACCUACCGCCACCCGAUUACGGGUACACGAUGAUUAGGGAUAGGCAGCCCGGCAGAUUGCCCGCCGCACGACGCGGACCACGCCCACCACGCGUGAAUCGCCGCACGAUCAUCGAGCUACAUCUAGAAGUGUUCAACGAAUGUGAAGUGACCGAAUGGGAAAACGUGAAAGACGACUAUUUGAAGAUACUUGUGGAGGAGUUUGCACAGCAGUUUGCGCAGGAUUUGAUGCGGGACGACCACAGGCAUAACAAUAUCGUGGGUGUUUCUACCUCAGACCAUGGUUUACCAGGGAACACUGUUUCCUCCACUGACUCGGCAGGAACGGAUCCAUGUCCACCGCAUGAACACGACCCCGAUCCAUGGAGUUGUAUGGAAAACAUACAGUUAGCAACGGAACCUUCUGCAUCUAACGCACAUGACCCUGAUCCAUGGAGUUGUAUGGAAAACAUGCAGUUAGCAACGGACCCUUGUCCACCGAAUGAACCCGACCCCGAUCCAUGGAGUUGCAUGGAAACCACACAGUUAGCAACGGACCCAUGUCCACCUAACAAAGAGCACCCCGAUCGAUGGCGUUGUAUGGAAACCAUACAGUUAGAACGGGACCCUUGUGCACCUAACGAAGAUGACCCCGAUCCAUGGAGUUGUAUGGAAUCCAUACAGUUCGAUGCACCACAGAGUCGUGCUCAUUCCAACCCCGACCACGUGACGUCGCAUUGCACCGAAUGGAUUAACUGGAUUGACCGCAACAAGCACCUAUUGCAGGCGUGCACGACGCAACCGUGGUUUUUGCAAUUAACCGCGGAUUGGACACAAUAUUAUCAACAACAUGCGACAGACGCAGCAUCCAGUGAGCACAGGACAGCCGCAACCAUGGAAAGGCAGAAAUUGGACUUGUGGAGACAGUGGAUAGCGCACCAACAUCAGCAAAUGAGUAUGUAUAAGAAGGAGUGGUUUCAACAUUUGUUGAAUAAUGUAGAGCAGGAGACAGCAUCGCAAAACGGCGAAGUACCUGCAGUUGACACAGACUUAGAAGUGGAAAAUGUAAUGGGCACAGAACACAUGUUACGCAUGAAAAAUGCACCACGGACGCAACUGCAUAAGCAAUCUUACAUGAACAAACCGUUAACCGCUAAAACAUGGAUACUCAUCCUGGCAUUAGUCAUAGAACAGUGCGAGCUCGAGAGUAGUAUGCAAGAGAAGGAGUUAUAUGUGGAUGACCUAUUGGAAACGCUCUGA